ACCAUAGGGGAGAGACUCCGUACAGCCGAGUGGAGGUGGAGUCUGAAGGUGGGGAGGGAGAAGAAAGGGGAGGAAAACGGGGAAAGGCAGAUACAACAGAAACGGGGGGAGGACGGUGGAUGAUUUACGCUUUAAAAGUUGCCUUACAACAAAUCUAAGAGUUGCGGCGAAGAGGAAUUAAAACAAGAUGAUAACGCCCUUCUUCCUAGAGAAUUUCUGGAAACAGCCUCAAGGAGGGCGAUGAGGAAGUAAAGUGAUCCUUCUUCUUCUCUUCUAAGAAGUGACAAGAAGGCUUUGAAUUGAAGGGUGAAAAAAAUAAUGGCUUUGAUGUGCUCUACCAUAACAUGAAGCAUGGCCAAAUUUCCUCCAAGGAGCUGACAGACUUCAUCAGAGAAAGGAGUACUAUUGAAGAGGCCUAUGCCAGAUCCAUGACCAAACUUGCCAAAUCAGCUGGCAACUUUUCUCAGCUUGGGACUUUUGCUCCAGUGUGGGAUGUGUUCAAGACCUCAACAGAGAAGCUGGCUAGCUGUCAUAUGGAGCUAGUGAAGAAACUACAGGAACUUAUAAAAGAGGUUCAGAAGUAUGUGGAAGAGCAGGCCAAAGCACACAAAAAGACAAAAGAGGAGGUGGCGUCCACCCUGGAGGCCGUACAGAACAUCCAGACCACCUCUCAGGCUCUGCAGAAGUCCAAGGAGAUCUACAAUGCCAAAACUGUGGAGCAGGAGCGCCUCCGCAAAGAGGGGGCCACCCAGAGAGAUGUGGACAAGGCUGGAGUGAAAGCCAAAAAAGCCACAGAGACCUACAAGUCAUAUGUGGAGAAAUAUGCCACAGCUAAGUCAGAGUUUGAACAGAAGAUGGCAGAGACUGCACAGAAAUUCCAAGACAUUGAAGAAAACCACAUUCUCCACAUGAAGGAGAUCAUUCAGUCAUACUCGCAGUCUGUCGACGAAACGCACAUCCAAAUAGGAGAGUUCCACAACGAAUUUGUGAGAAACAUUGAGAAUACCUCGGUGGAAAGCUUAAUACAGAAACUGGCCGAGAGCAAAGGAACGGGCAAGGAGAGACCAGGACCCAUUGAAUUUGAGGAGUGCAAUGCAGCUAUUGCUACUGAAGGUGCCAAACCAAGAAAGAGAAAACCAUUUGGCAUCCCAGGUCGUAGGAAAGACAAGGACACAGACUCCACGGAGUCAACAGAAGUUGAAGCUGCUAACACUGCCAAUGGCGCUCCCCCUGGAUACUAUGGUGCCAUAGACAUCCAGAAUGCUAACGUUCCCCAAGUUGAUGCAGAGGGCUUCUGUAUCAGACCUGAAGUAAAUGAAAAUGAUGCCAAAGAGAAUUCCUUCUAUUCGUCCAGCGAUUCAGAGGAUGAAGAUGAACCCAGGAAGUUCCACGUAGAAAUCAAGCCCGUUCAGCCAAACAACGGCACGCAUCAGAACCGAGCCACCAUCGAUGAGCUUAAAGCCUCCAUUGGAAACAUCAUCCUGUCACCCUCGACCUCGGGACAGAUGCGGAGGAACCAGUCCAGUGAUGAGCUGGCAAAACCCAGAGUGCCAACAUCAUAUGAACUGGCUAACAACGACCUUCUGUCUCUGGACCCGUUCAGCCCGACUCUCGCAGCUGGCUCCUCUCUUUCUGUGUCAUCAACAACAGACCUUGCCUCUAUCUUCCUUUCAAUCCCUCCAUCUCCAUCUUUUCUGAUGAAUGACUCAGACGUCUUUCUGCCAGAGGCAUCAGCUGAGACGGUGCCUCAACGGGAGCGCUCUCCUCCACUGGCAGAAAGCCAACAAUCCACAUCCUCGUCCACAUCCUCUCCCUGGGACUCACCAGAAAACCCUUUUCAAGCACUCAAGCCUGUACCAGCGAGGGCCCAGAGCGCCCCCAUCACCCUACCGACUGAGCCUGUCGACCCCAUCAAAAGCCUGGCUGCUGCCAGCCCUCCAAAGAGCGUCGACGCCUUCUCUUCCGUGUCCUGGUCCCAGAGCCAGUGGAUCGCCUUCAGUGAUAAUCUCGCUCCACCUCGCCGUCAGGGCUCAGGGCCAUCUGCAAAUGAGCCCCAGAGGACGCAGUCUGGCUCCGGCAGGUCAAGUCGCUUCCUCUCUGAUGACUCUGCUGACGCCUACUGCAAAGCAGUGGGCAGCAGAGAAGACAGCAACUCCUGUUUCUCUGAUGUCUUCUCUGGGAUUACAGAUAGGGCGAUGGCAGCAGCUCCAUCAAGCAAAAUAUUCAAUGUGCCAGUACCAAACCGACCAACAACCCCGCUUACAGCUGGAGCCCUGGUUCCGCCACCACGACCCUCCUCCAGGCCCAAACUCCCCACUGGAAAACUUACAGGAAUCAAUGAGAUUGUACGGCCGUUCAGCCCACCCAAGACAUCUAACGCCAGCCCUCCUCCUACUGCACCACUCGCCCGGGCGGAGAGCUCCUCCUCCUUGUCCUCGAAUGCCUCACUCAGCGCUGGCAACACCCCCACUGUUGGAGCUGAGCACACCUUUGCUCCCCCCCUCUCCUCCCCAGAUCCAGAGCUGCUCUCCCUCUCCCCUUUCUUUCUACUAAGCCAAAAGGAUGAUGUGUUCAUAGCGAAGCUGCCUACCUUUGAGAAGCGGUGUGAAACACCAGCAGGGACGUCUCGCGGUCCCAGCCCUGUGACCCUGGCAUCCCAAGAUGCUUUGCCCAUUGCCGUGGCCUUCACAGAGUCGGUUAAUGCUUACUUCAAAGGAGCUGAUCCCACUAAGUGCAUUGUGAAGAUCACAGGAGACAUGACCUUGUCGUUCCCCGUGGGCAUCAUCAAGGUGUUCACCACCAACCCCUCCCCCGCCGUGCUCACCUUCAAACUGAAGAACAUCAGCAGGUUGGAGCAGAUCCUACCCAACCAACAGCUACUAUACAGUGAUCCUUCCCAGAAUGACUCAAAUUCCAAGGACUUCUGGUUCAACAUGCAAGCGCUGACGUCCUACCUCAGAAAAGCCUCAGAUCAGAAUCCUUCAGCUUCCUACUAUAAUGUGGACAUCCUAAAAUACCAGGUGCUGUCUGAUGGGAUCCAUUCCACCCCGCUCAACCUUGCCGUAUACUGGAAGUGCACACCGAGUACAGCAGACCUGCGGGUAGACUACCGAUACAACCCGGACUCCAUGGUCUCCCCCGGUCCUCUCACGAACGUACAGAUCUUAGUGCCUGUUGACGGAGGAGUCACCAACAUGCAGUCUCUGCCCAACUCCAUCUGGAAUUCAGAGCAGAAUAAGUGUCUGUGGAAGCUGAGUGACAUCUCUGAAAAGUCUGAAAAUGAAGGGUCCGGGUCCCUGCGGGCCAAGUUUGAACUGUCGAGCGGUCCAUCGAACCCCUCCACUCUGGCAGUGCAGUUUAUGAGUGAGGGGAGCACCCUGUCAGGAGUGGACAUGGAGCUGCAGGGGACCGGAUACAGACUUUCUCUCAACAAGAAGAGAUUUGCCACAGGACGUUAUAUGGCAGAUUGCUGAUGUGACUCACCACUCUGGUUCUCAAGAAAAAGAAAAAAAAUCUCGCUUGACACAAAAGUUGGCAACUUCGCGAGGCUUCCUGAACCUCUGGAAUCAUCUGUGCACAGUCAGGCUUUUGCCCGGGAAGCGAGAAUCUCACUACAAUAAAACAGCACUGAGUAUUGAACACUGUUAAAAAAAAAACAAAUAAAAGAAAAAGAAGAUGAGCUUUCAGGAAAUGUGUAGAUAUGAAGUUUAAUAAUGCUUUCUGAUCAAUUCACUUUUGUAUAGUCAGAAACAAUUUAUGGAUUAGAUAUAAAUCUAUAUUGUAUUUGAAAUCAUAAAAAAAAAAAGAAAAAAAAAGUGCACUAACAAUCUUUCAGAUGCUCUUUUUCCUCUUAUAUUAAUUUUUCAAGAGCCUAUAAGGAAUUUAAAACAAAAUCAUGAAUUCUGCGUGGAAGAGAAGAAAAGGUUUCUCCCUCAGAACUGUAAAUAUUAACACUGAAUAUUCUGCUCGACCAGCUCUGACUCAACUCUCGAAUCAGCUUUCUUUACUGAUUUUUCUCUUUUCCUCCUCCUCCUCACCAUUUGUCUUUUUUGAUCAUGUGCAAUGAAGCAAUGAAGGUAGAAUCUGUACUCACACACUCGUGGCACAAGCUUGACAUUUAUAAUAACACGCUUUCAAACUAAUGCAAAAAAAGAAUCUGACCUCAGUGCCUCCUCUUAUACUGUGGAUCAGUAGGCAACCAAUGUCAAUGUUUUACCCAGAUUUGGGUUUUCCAGAUUUAAGCUACGUUUCUCUGUGGUAAAAUGCAUGGAGUUUUUAAUCAAUCACCCCUAAUGGGGUCUGUGAUCAGUGUGGUCUUUUUAGAAUUUCUUUCCUUGUAAAUCCCCCUUUCAGUCAUGUCUUUUUUACAUUUUUAAGCCCUUAAUUUUUAUUCUUCAUAAAAAAUAUCAGCGACCUUGACUGUAAAACAUUUUGUCAAAUGUUAGAUGCUUUAAAAAAAAUAUCAAGGGACAUGACCCCAAAUUUAACUUGCAGCCUUUUUUAAAAAACUGGCAGUGUUUUCUUUUUAAAUCACACUUGUGCCCUCUUAAUGGAGAAAUGUGCCUGAAUCUUAACUUUUCUCUAAUAUUUUUUGUAUACUACAGCACAGUUAAUGAGAAUAGCACCAACAAUGUGCCAGUUGUGUUAUGUUUUUUUUUAAUCCUUUAUUUGGAUGUUGAAGGGAAACUGUUUUUAAAACCCAACUGUCUUCCAGUAAUGUCUGCCUCCUGUGAUUUGAGUUUGAUCAUUUAACUCUUUUUAUAUCUCGUCUUUUUCUAUUCAGUGCUCGUCAAUUGACCUUCACCUCUCAUACACUCACUGUGCAGUAGACGAUGUAAGUGAGCAGUAGCACACUAAGGCCAAAUUAAUGAUCGAAAUGCCUUAUCACAACUACUCGACACUGAGUAAUCCACUGUUGUUGACUGUGGUUAGAUAUUGUGACACAGUACUGCCAUUGCCCUGUGAUAGAUUACUGACUUGUCCUGCCUCUCACCCGUUGCUUGCUGGGAAAAGCUUUAUCCUCUUGCAACUACUAAACAGCACAAGUGGGUACAGAAAAUAGAUGGUUUGGUGGAUGGAUGGGAAAUUGCCACGUUUGACUCUUGGUGUUUCAUUCUUGUCUUUUACUUAUGAAGGCUGCUGCUGUAGAUGCUGGUGUACUUCUUGAUGGAGUAUGUUUAUGUUGUGUAGGAUGUUUAUCAUUGACCUCAACCAUGUAAUGGUCCUCAAAUUGGUUAAUGUGUUGGUAUGGGACAUGUCUGGAGAUGCAAUUAGUUGCUGGAAGCUGUGAUUGAGAACUGAUGAAACGUUUUAGGGCAGGAGUGUCAUACACUGUGCAUCAUUUGGCCAAAUGACCUCGCAGAUAGGACUUUAGGAAAUAACUUUUCACAUCAGGCUUACUGUUUACUGUCCGCUGUGCUAUAAAACAUGGCUCAUUUUAGUUUUUAACUGACAGUGACUGCAGGUGAUUUAAACUCAUAUCCAUACUUGAUUCAUCUGAUCUCUCUCUUGGAAACUGAUCAUUUUUUUAUUUAACUCAUCAUAUCUGGCCACAGUGAUUAUGUGUAAUGACCAGUUUUUAAUGUUUUAUAUGAUUCAUACGGUAGUACAGUACCUGGUGUAAGACUCAAGCCUUUAUUAAUAAUUUAGAUGCAGACAUCUUAAAUAGAUGAUGGAAAUGUCCAUUUAAGUCAUGUCUGUUGAAAUUAAAUUUUGUAUUUCUGAAUUGUAAUCAGCCAAAUGUUUGAAGGUAGCUGAAACAAAUGAGUUUACAUAAAAUCCUAAAAUUGUAGCACCACACAUUUGUACAGUCUUGCCUCUUAAUUAUAUCAGUGGUUUUGGUCAGAUGAGCCGAAUAGAGGAAAAAAAAAAAAAAAGAGUACACAGAUGUAAUUGUAUUCUGUAUUAGCAAGCUGGUUCUUGCUGUCCCUACAAAACCUUCAAAAUAAACUUACAAGGCUCCUUUUUGCAGUCACUUUCACAUUCUUUCUUUCUUUAUAUGUUGUAUUAAACAGAGUUUAAAGAGAGCAAAAACUGUGUAAAUGAUUCUCAUAAAUUGUAAAUUUUUACCAAUAUCUCAGCCACUUUGUGUCUCUACUUUAUGAUUUCUCAUUGUGCCUGUAUUAAAUGUGUAAUAUAUGAAUAUAUACAAAUAUAUUAAAAUGACUAAGUGCGU